AUGCAAUGGGAAAAUCAAACCACUGUGACAGAGUUCAUUCUGAUUGGCUUCUCCAACUUCCCCGAGCUGCAGGUGGGGCUGUUUGUAGUGCUCCUCCUUGUGUAUUUAGUGACGCUGGCUGGAAACACCAUGAUCAUGAUGGUAAUCCAGGUGGACUGGAGCCUGCAUACCCCCAUGUAUUUUUUCCUGGGUGCUUUGUCUUCCUCUGAAAUCUGUUACACUUUCACCAUCAUCCCCAAGAUGCUGUUGGACUUGGUGGGAGGGAACAGAACCAUCUCGUUCCUUGGAUGUGCUGUCCAGAUGUACUUUUCCUUCCUGUUUGGAUUCACACACUCCUUUCUGCUGACGGUAAUGGGCUACGAUCGCUACGUGGCGAUAUGUAACCCCUUGCGUUACAACGUCUUCAUGAACACCCGCAUCUGUGUCCAGAUGGUGGCUGCCUCCUGGGCUGGUGGGUGUCUCAUAGGGCUGGUCGUGACGGUAACUGUAUUCCACUUGCCCUUCUGUGGGCCAAACAAAAUUAGUCACUUCUUCUGCCACAUGCCCCCACUGAUCGAGUUGACUUGCACUGACAGCAACACCCUGGGGACUUUGGUGGGCACCUUCUGCAUGGCUGGCUUGUUGGGCUGCUUCCUUUUCAUACUCCUCAGCUAUGCCUUCAUCCUGAGCACCAUCCUGUGCAUCCCAUCAGCUGUGGGGCAGCACAAGGCUUUCUCCACCUGCGCCUCUCACCUCACUGUGGUGAUUGUGCACUAUGGCUGCGCCUCUAUCAUCUACCUGAAGCACAAGUCACCACGCUCGUCAGACGCUGGCACGCUGAUUGACUUGACUUACACAGUCAUUACCCCUUUUCUCAGCCCCAUCAUUUUCAGUCUGCGGAACAAGGAGCUGAAAAACGCCUUUAGAAAAUCAAUUGGGAGAAGCAUGUUCUCCCAAGGAGUGUGUGUGCUCCAGAUGGAGCAGGGUGGAUGA